AUGGACGUCGAGAAUAGACCAGGCUUAUUUGCGCCCACACAGGCAGAUGCCAGUUACCUUUACCAGUCAGGAGCGUCUAUUUACAUUGCAGACAAGCGUUCAAGGCAAGAUGUCGCCUUCACGGUUGCAUAUGUCGUGUUAGCAGCGGUGACGCUGUUCUGGGGCAUCGUCGUCUUUGCGAAAACGGAUACUAACGGGGAGCUUUAUACGAAUGGUUUCUACAACAGCAGCAUGACUUGCGACAUUAAGCAGUAUAAAGCAGUCCAACUUAGCCCGACAGACGACAAUUUAAAUGAAGACGCGACCUUCGCGAAGGCCUUCAACAAGGCUGUCGCCGUUUUCCUACCCAUCUCCGCGGCGCUGGCCAUCGUAUUGUCCGUGCUGUACCUGGUCCUGUUCCGCCGCUACGCCAAGGCCAUGGUGAUGCUUUCCAUCGUGGUGUCCCUAGUGUUCUCGUUGGCUCUGGGUAUCGCGUGCUUUAUCCUAGGAGCGCCCGUUGUGGGCGUCAUCGUCAUCAUCUUUGCGGUGAUUGCCGCCGUGUUCUACUUUUGUAUCCGCCGUAGUCUGAAGCUGUGCGCGGAGCUGCUGGCGCUGUCGGCUCGCUCUAUGUAUGAGAACGCCGCCCUGGUACCCGCGGCCAUCCUCAUCAAGGUGGUCGGCGCCGCUAUCCUGCUGUUCUACUUUGCUGCCUUCAUCUGCGCGCUGCAAAUUGGAAGUCCGAAGCAAAACCCUGCGGUGUUCGGUGUGUUGGAACUUGAUGAGGACGCCCAGACUGGCAUUUGCAUUGACGCCAAUGGGUUCAGAGUGAACUGCUGCGUGUUUGAGACCAAGACCUGGGCAGCGGCCUACUGCGUCUUCUGCGGCAUCUUCACCUCGUGGACCACCAUGCUCAUUCUGGAGAUCAAGCUCUACACGGUGGCCGACACGCUGGCGCAGUGGUACUUCUCAGCCCCGGCGCCAGGCAGCAGCGCGGCUGUGGGUUUUGGCGGCAGCAGCAACCUGGCUCGCGGCAAUGUGCGUAUGGCCCUGAGGCACUGCCUGACCACCUCGUUUGGCUCGGUGGCGUUCGCGUCUGCCAUCAUGGCCAUUAUCAACUUUCUGCGUAGCUUGGCGCGGCAGAUGGCGCACAGGAACAUUAUCUUGGCGGUCAUCAACUGCUUCGUGCAGGGCAUUCUUGCGGCGCUGGAGAAGUUUACACGCUUUGCCACCAUCGCCACGGCCAUCACAGGUCAGGCCUUUGUUCCCUCGGCCCGGGCCGUUUUUGAGACGCUGUCUCGUAACUUCCUGCAGACAUACACCAUGUGGUGGGUUCCGGACCGCGUACUGGGCUUCACCGUGUUCCUCAUGUCGCUGUCCUGGGGCGGCAUCGUCGUGGGCGCUACCUACGGCAUGACGAAGAACAAGGGCGGUGCUACCGAGUGGGGUGUGCCGGUUAUCGUCGGAAUUCUGGCCUUCGUCCUCAUGGCUUACUUGCUGUCCUUCGUGGCGGGAUUACUGCUGGAUGCAAUCAAUACGCUCUACAUCUGCUACGCCUUUGACAAGGACCAGCGCCGAGUAACUCACGAGGAAGUGCACAGCCUGUUUGCACAGGUUCCGGGUCUCGCGGUGCAGAACCCCGAUGGCAACAUCAUGUACGGCGCCCCGGACCAAACCCCCCAGCCGCACCAACCCCCUCCGCAGCAGCCCUACCCUAUGAUGCCGCAGCAGCCCUACCCUGCGAUGCCGCAGCAGCAAUACACGGGGCCGUACAGCGCUGGGUACCCCGUCCAGCCCGCAUAUCCGCCGCAGCAGGGAUACCCACCACAGCAGGGAUACCCACCACAGCAGGGAUACCCACUACAAACCGAUGCCCGGAUUUAAAGCUGUGCGCGCGUAUAUGAGGGAAGGUUCCGGCCGCCGAGAAGGUUAUUCCGGAUCCACGUUCCAAACUAUGGAGCGGUCACCCGAGAAGUCAGGGCUGGUAAGGAGCUCAAGUCGCGCAAAGAGCGCAUAUUGUACAUGCAGGUACGGCAAAAAUAUAUGGUAGCUAAGUAGCGCUAUGAGGCGGUUGGAGCAUUUUAUGUGGUUAGCAGCGGCAACAGCAGCAUCUUGGCGACUUAUUUUGCCGACUGAAGCCAUGGAGUUUUGCGUUGUCAGCCGCAGCAGCAGCUGUGGCACGAGCAACAGCAGCGACGGCGAUAGCAGUGGCACACGAAGGCAUGAGCUAAAGCUUUGAGCCUUGGGCUUGCGCUUGGCGUCAUGGCGAAGGGGCUGCUGUGCAGUAACAGGCGUUGUGAAGAUCAUAUUCGUGGCAUGUUUCUCAUUGGCCUGAGAAUGGCUUAAGGUCCACAGCUCUGGGUGUCCUAUGCCGCCCGCGGUGCAUGUACACGUUAUAUUGUUUACUCAAUUCAUGCGUGGCGAUGGCCCUGGCGACAUUUAACGGGCACACCGACAUGAGCGCUUUGCUAUAAAGUACGGGGCCUUUGGAGCAUGCUUGUGGGAGGACGCCUCGCAUUAAGGUCUUCCGUCUGCUUGCGAUAUGCGUUAUUUCAGAGGCGCUCCAGGGCGUUAAGGGGUAGGCGCACUCAACAUGGCGUGUCCACAGUUUCGAAGUUGUCCUCUGCCACCGGAAUCUAAGAUGGCAAAGGCAUAGAGGGGUAUAUACGGCUGCUGCGCUCUGGGGAAGGUGAGGGAUCAAGGUGGUAAGGAGCCUGUGUCUCUGGAGUUUAGGUUGGGGGUUGCUUGUGCAAGUCGACGGGUAGGGAUAGGCUUUUGCUGAUAUCCAUUGGGCGGAUUUGGCACGUAGGAGCCCGUGUCAUCUAUCAGCCCGGGCGUAAUCCCGCUCCGCGGGUGGGUGUCCUGGUGGAGGAGGAAAGGGUCACUUUGGGAUGGGAAGGUGGUCUUCUGUCAAGGAGGAGAGCCCGCUGGACUGUGUUGGCGUGCUUUGCGGCCAGUCCACUUGGGUAGUGUACAGUCGUGCAGCUGAAGCGUGUGGCUAGAAGAUAUGCCAUGAAGUGAUGUGAAUGUAGGCUUUGGCGCUCGUUCUUCUUCUGGUGGCGGUGUUUCUCUUGUACCCCUACCCGCUGUAAACACAUAGUUGCUUUCACGUGCUAAGCAUGUGUGGGAGUGGAUACAACCGUACCACCCCGCAAGAGGCAUAUAACGAUGCAAUGUUUUGGCAGUAAUUAUUGGGGUGGAAAUCCGCAUGUCGAUCUGCGUAGUUGCCCUGGUACGAAUGCGAAUGCGUGAUGAUGUACACCGCUUAAUUAUGUAUGGCCCAGUUCAACGCCUACAUGGUGGGGUAUUUAAGCUGCUCCUGCAUACGCUUGUCAGCUGGAACGUUUCCAGUUGCAUGGGAGCAAUCUAUGCACCUGGGUACAUAGAAGAAUAUUUUUCCUUCGACGUUGUAUCCCCUAGCCGAGCCAAGCCGAGGUGCUGGAUGAGCUACGGGAUGAUCAAAUGGUCAUGUAAGUGUUUUCUAGGCAGUGCAAAUGUGGCAGAACUUCGUUUGCUGCGUAUGGUGAAGUAAGCUGUCUUAAUCGCAGCCAGCUCGGGAUGUCUCGGCCUGAAGUGUUAUUCAUGAACAAUACGGGUGCUUGUGUUUCUCCUCGAGUCCCGCACUUUUACCUUUGCGGACAUGUAAUGCACCUCUCCCCG